AUGAGGAUGAACGGCGCGCUCCCAAUUAUGUGCUUGGGCCUGGCCUUCAUUGUGGGCGGCGUGUCGAGUUCCAGUGUGCUCAAGGACCUUCCAGGGUGCACGUUUGCUGAGGCCGAAAAGUGCGGAUAUGACUUCGUCCCUUACUUCAAUGAGCCGACUCUACCCGACAAUGCGAAGGGCCUCGAAGAGACGUGCAUAUCGGAUAAGAGACAACUAAAAUGUGCCGAAGAUUUUGGUGCCAAGUGCUUGGAAGGUCUGCCUAGAGGCAUCAUCGCGCUGAUGCUUAAAGCCGUCAAGGACGAGCACGAUAUGUUUUGCAACACCACUAGCCCGAAGCACAAAGAGUACUUCGACAGCAUAAAGUGCAUCAACAAGGCUGGCUCCGAGUUGCAUAAAUGCACGAACAACAUGUUCGUGGCCAUGUUCCGCGCUUCCAAGGCUGCCGACAAUCAGAAGAUUCCUUACUCCUGCUGCUAUUACCAAGACUUCAUCGAGUGUGCCGAAGGUGCUCUGAACAGGGGCUGCAAGCUUCCGUCGGCGAAGAAGUUCCUGAAUGACAUUCUUGACCACGCCUUUGGCGAAGUGCUCAGCUUCCCCUGCAGCAAAUACAGCAAGGGCACGGGAGCAUGCGAUGCCCUACCCCCCUUGUCCACCAAAGAUGAUGCCAAGGCUCACAAGAAAGGAUUCAUCGAGCCAUUGGUAAUCAUAUCCAGCAAGCUCAGCGGUUGAGUCACGUUGCUUCGCAUUAGAGAUACAUUCAUAUGAAAGCACUCGCUCAUCACUGGGGUGAAGCUGUCAGGUUGGUGCGCGUUUCUGUCCAAAGAGCUGAUAGUGUGGCAAAGAAGAUGACCGACGAGGUAGAAGCACAAAGCAGAAGCACUCAAAAACAAAUAGAGGAGAAAUUGCGUUUAGCCUGGUUCAUACUUCCUGCCUGGCGUAUUGAUGGCAAAUAAAAAAAAAUGAAGAUAGGAAGUGGAACACAUAUCAAUCUUA